AUGUCGAAUAAUAUUGUUAAAGCUGAAACCUCAUAUACUUUAUCGUCCAAAAUAAGAGACAAUGAAAAUAAUGAAAAUCAUACGAAUGAUUCUGCUAUUUCUGUAAUUUAUAGUAACAGACAUCCGUUAUUUACUAAAAAUGAUUUUAUAACUUAUAUAUAUGUAUAUAUAUUAAAGAUUAUUAGCGAAUUGGCAAAAGGUACGGCUCCUGGACUUGAAUAUCGACCUGCAAACUCCGGAAUUACAAAGUUGAAAGCACAUAGCUGUCAAAAUAUACAGAGAUUGAUCAUUAUUAAUAAAACCGAUAACGUUAAUGAAGGAAUAAUUGAAUUAAUUAAAGUUCAAAAAAAUUUAAGUUAUUUCGAAUGGAAAGAUGACUUUGAAGAUGAAUAUGAUAUUAUAAAUGUUCCUUAUAAUGAAAUAUUACUUGAUAUUAUCAAUCAUUUAAUAUUAUAUUUUCAAUUACUUUAUUAUCAAGAAUAUCAAGAGCAUAAAUUAUUUGAGAUAUUUCCAAUAUUUCAUGAAUUAAAAACGUUAAAAGUCUAUUUCGAUUCAGAAUCCGAAAGCUAUACUAUGUCAGGAUUUUCCGAUAAUCCAUCUGAACAAUGUAUACAGAUGCUACAAGCAGGAUUUACUCCUUCGACAACAAGAAAUUUAAAAAGCGUACUUUCAUCAACAUUAAAGGAAGCAGGACGCGAUGAACGCACUGGAUUACCUUUUGGAAUUAUUGAUGAUGAUGUAAUUUUAGCUAGUAAUCCGUGUGGUUUACCUUCUGAUAUUAUCAAGGUUAAAGCAGCCAGAAAUAUGGAUUUAAGCAUUUAUUAUAAUGUAGUCAUAUUUCCUGUAAAUGCUGCUAAGGAGGAUGACAUAUCAUAA